UUGCAGUUGCAAAAAGCUUUUCGUCUAGCGGGUUGGCAACGGGAGUCAUCCCGUGAACCGGAGCAGAUAUCCGUUGUCUUCUUUGGGUUCUCUCCGAUUGUUCUUCAUAAGGGGUAGACCCGCCGUCAGCUAUCCACCUGUCCCUUGUCCCUGCUCCGGGCGUCUUUGUCUUGUCUUAUAUACCCUCGAAGAUCGACAUCACCUUGAGCCGUCAACGUUCGACUAUCAAAGUUCAGAUCGACCUCAUCACAUAACGACAUCAAAAUGGGGGACCCAGAGAAGGAAGUUGCCCUCCACCACGAGCAAGCCCCCAAAGACGCCGCCUCCUCCAACACCUCCCUCCCCGAGCUCUCCUGGACCGACGCCGAAGAGACCGCCAUCCGGCGCAAGAUCGACUGGCACUGCGUCCCCAUCGUGACGGUGCUGUACAUGCUCUGCUUCCUCGACCGCGUCAACAUCGGCAACGCGCGCAUCCAAGGUCUCGCCACCGACCUGCAUCUUGAAGGCACGCAAUUCAACUGGGCCCUGUCCAUCUUCUACAUCAUCUACCUGCUCUUCGAAGUGCCGAGCAAUGUCCUCCUCAAAGCGAUCGGCCCCCGGUUUUACCUGCCCUUGCUAGUCUGCGGAUUCGGACUAGUCAGUCUCUGCACGGCCUUCGUCACGAAUUUCGGCGGGUUAAUGGCCGCCAGAGCGAUCUUGGGCGUUUUUGAAGGCGGCGCGAUGCCCGGCAUGGCGUUUUUCCUCAGCACCUUCUACAAGCCAGAGGAGCUGCUGUUCCGAAUCGGGAUCUACGUCUCCGCGUCCUCCAUCGCCGGCGCGUUCGGUGGACUGCUGGCCACGGGCCUGGCCAAGAUUCCCGAGUGGGGGGUGGCGGGUCACACGAUCCACACGUGGAAGAACAUUUUCUUUUUCGAGGGGAUCAUCACCAUCCUGAUUGGCCUGGCGGCGCCGAUUUGGAUGCCUACCGACCCGAAGACGGCGUGGUUCUUGGACGAAAGAGAGAAGAGGAUCGCGGCCGAGAGGUUGGUGAGAGAACACCGCGCUGAUCCGGCCGAGAAGGUCCAGUGGCGACAUGUCAAGCUGGCGGUGAUGAACGUGCAUAACUACACUUGUGCGAUCGGGUUCUUUCUGAUUAAUAUCACGGUUCAGGGCUUGUCGGUGUUCUUGCCGACUAUCUUGAAGGAUCUGGGUUGGCAGAAUACCAAGGCCCAGUUGUACAGCGUGCCGCCGUAUGUGUGCGCUUGUCUGGUCGCGGUGGCGGUGGCGUAUGGGUCGGAUAAGAGCAGACAGAGGGGCAUCUGGCUGGCGGCGUUUUCGGUGCUGGCGUUGAUCGGGUUCGCGAUUUUGAGGUGGGUCAGUCAGCCGAAUAUAAGGUAUAUGGCUGUGUUCUUUGUUACGGUUGGCGCGUUUCCUGGUGGCCCGGGGUUCUUGAGUUGGGCUAUCAAUAAUUCGGCUGGACCAGCUGUUCGUGCGGUAACCAGCGGUUACGUCGUGACGCUAGGGACUAUUGGCGGUAUCGUUGCUACCUGGACCUACGUCCCAAGUGACGCCCCCAAGUACCACACCGGCCACACCAUCAACCUCGGCGGGCAGAUUGCCGUCGUCUGUCUGUCCAUCUUCGGCAUCCUCUACUGCGCAUGGGAGAACCGCGCCAGGGCAGCAGGCAAGAGAGAUCACAGGCUGGAGGGUCUGACGGAGGAGGAACAGGAACAACUGGGGAACAGACAUCCGAGGUUCCAUUUGUGGACUUGAGAGAGGCAGUCCCUGUUUCCCGGGCUGGGUUUCGCUUGUG